GCAAAAGUGAUGACGAGGACAGCAUCUGCAAAAUGGGCCAAGCCUCAGGGAAAGGUGCCGAGGACGGGAAGGAUCACAAGCGACCCAAGAGACCCCGGACGAUCCUGACCACACAGCAGCGGAGGGCGUUCAAGGCAUCAUUUGAGGUCUCCUCCAAGCCCUGCAGAAAGGUGCGGGAGACGCUGGCAGCUGAGACGGGGCUGAGCGUUCGCGUGGUGCAGGUCUGGUUCCAGAACCAGCGAGCAAAGAUGAAGAAGCUCGCCAGGCGGCAGCAGCAGCAGCAGCAGGAUCAGCAAAACACACAGCGCCUGAGCUCAGCCCAGACGAACGGCGGUGGCAGCGCGGGGCUGGAGGGGGGGCUGGACCCCGGCCCCCCCCCGCCACAGAUGCCCGGAGACCACAUGCACCCCUACGGUGCUGAGCCCCUCUUCCACGACUUGGAUAGCGAUGAUACCUCACUGAGCAACCUGGGUGACUGCUUCCUCGCCACAGCGGAUGCGGGGCCGCUCCAGGCACGAGUGGGGAACCCCAUCGACCACCUCUACUCCAUGCAGAACUCCUACUUCACCUCCUGA